CAUCGCGCAUGCUCAGAAAGUCCUUGUUGUCGGCACAUGUUGGGGAAGGAGCGCGGUGGAGAGGAGACUCCAUAAGCCAGCUAGCGUGGCAGAUUGCGGGGCUGUUGAGCAGAAAUGACGGAGAGCAAAGCCGAGUCCGCGUCCCAGCGGCCUAAGGAGCUGCUGGCGCUAAACCCGGAGCAGGAGGCCGAGUUUAAGAAGAAGGUCCAGGAGGUGAAGAAGAAGAACCGGGGCCCCAAGGGGAACCGGCUGACUCCAGGCGUGGUGUACGUCGGCCAUCUUCCCGUGGGGCUGUUUGAGCCGCAGCUCCGGUCCUACUUCGAGCAGUUUGGGAAGGUGCUGCGACUCCGACUCUCCAGGAGCAAGAAGACCGGAGGAAGCAAAGGUUACGCCUUCCUGGAGUUUGAAUGUGACGAGGUGGCAAAGAUCGUGGCUGAGACCAUGAACAACUAUCUGAUGGGAGAGCGGCUCAUCAAGUGUCAGGUGAUUCCUCCAGAGAAGGUCCAUGAGAAGCUCUUCGUGGGCUCCCAGAAGAUGUUCAAGCGUCCGUGUGACCCGGCGGUGAGCCGCUACAACAGGAAGCGUUCAGCGGAGCAGAUCGCCACCAUGACGGAGCGUCUGCUGCGCAGAGAGUCCAGGCUGCGCAGGAAGCUGGCCCAGCACGGCCUCCACUACCACUUCCCUGGAUUCGUACGUAGUUCUGGUUCUGAUCCGGUUCUGGUUCUGGUUCUGGUUCUGAUCCGUUACCUGGUUCUGGCUAAGCUGGCCCAGCACGGCCUCCACUACCACUUCCCCGGAUUCGUACGUAGUUCUGGUUCUGGUCCGGUUCUGAUCUGGUUCUGGUUCUGGUCUGGUUCAUUACCUGGUUCUGUUCUGGUUCUGGUCCGUUACCUGGUUCUGGCUAAGCUGGCCCAGCACGGCCUCCACUACCACUUCCCUGGAUUCGUACGUAGUUCUGGUUCUGGUCCGGUUCUGAUCUGGUUCUGGUUCUGGUCUGGUUCAUUACCUGGUUCUGGUCUGGUUCUGGUCCGUUACCUGGUUCUGGCUAAGCUGGCCCAGCACGGCCUCCACUACCACUUCCCUGGAUUCGCGGCUCAGGUUCCCCAGAAGAAGCAGGCCACAGACGCGGUGAACGUUUCCUCCUGCAGCGACACCACGCCCCUCUGCACGCCGUCCUUCCUGGAGAGGAGGAAGACCACGGCGGGCGAUGAAGAUGAAGACGCCGAGAUCAUCAUCAACAUGCCGGCGGUGGAGGAGGACGACGACUGCUUUGUGGUGGAGAACGACAGCGAGGAAGAGGAGGAGGAGGAGGAGGAAGACUCUGAGAGCGACGAGGAAGACCCGCAGACCCAGUGAGGGUUCUGGGUCUCCACGGACUUGGACUUUGCUCCAGAGGCAGAACCGCUCACAAUCAAACCAUCCAGAUUCUGCUGCUGGGCUCCUCUGGCCCGACUGGAACAGAACCGGCUGACCCGGCUCUGGUUCUGACAGCGCCCAGCGCCCCGGCCCGGUUUCUGAGCUCUUUAAGGAUUGUUCCGGUCCGGUUCCAGUGAUGAGCUGCAGGGGGCAGCAGUGGUGCCGUCUGGCAGCUGCUGGAGCGUCCAUCAGAACCACAGCGUGUUCUGGUGUUGGCUGCUCCGGUACCGGUGCUGCUCAUCGGGCUGACCGCAGCACUUCUGCCCCCUGGUGGCCACUCUAGGUGUGGCAGCGCCACAGAACCCCAUCAAGGUUCUGGAAGGCGCCGUGAACGGGUCACUGAUGACCCGUUCACCUUCUGGACGUUCUCCAUCACAGAACCGCUGUUCUGGCUUUGUGUAAAACUAACAUGUUGGAUAUUUUAGAGUCAGAUGUUAAUAAAAAGAUUAAACGCA